AUGACAACCGUUGAUUCUACCAUCGGUGACUCAAUCUCAACACUUCACCCCGACAUAAUCCAAAACCAUAUCUUGACCCGACUCGACGCUCCGGCGCUAGCCUCCACCGCAUCGACCUCUACUUAUCUCAAAACUCUCUGCACGGAGCAGAAACUCUGGCAAGAAAUCUCCACCGUCACGUGGCCUUCCAUCAACGAUCCACGUGUCGUCAAAGCCAUCUCUUCUUUCCCUUCCGGUUACCACUCUUUCUACUCCGACUCGCACCCGUUCACCGAACACACGUGGCAGCCGGAAACACAAGAUCCACCGACGACGGGAUUGAUCUCAGCCGUCGAUCUUUACUACAGAGGAGAGCUUAUCUAUUCGAAAGUUCAAGAUAUGGAGAAGGAGAGCGGUAAAUCUGUAGAAUGGUUUCUCUCAUCGCCGUUUCAGGUCGAUAUGGUCGACCCGAAAAGGACGGUUAAGACCCGGAUUCGAUAUCCAGGUGGGGAUUACCAAGUGUGGGUGAAAGAUAUGGAAGAGAGCAUGACACUUAACUGGAUAGUGAUCGAUCCGAUCAAGAAACGUGCGGCGAACAUAUCAAGUCGAAAGGCGGUGUCGGCGAGACGGAACUGGUUAACCGGAGACUUAGAGAUCAUAUUUUCGACGGUGGCGACGGUCGGGGAUAAGAAUGUGGCGGAGGUUGCGGCGGUUGUGUCGUGUGGCUCGGCGGAGACGUGGAAGGAGGUGGACGAGGAAGUGGGAGGAGAAGUGCACGUGACGGGCGUGAGGUUGCAAGCGGAGGACAUAGAAGGAAAGAGUUUGAGAGGGAGGGAUAGUUUGGUAAUUUUACAAGGGUUGUUGGUAGGGAAGAGAUGUUGUAAAGAUGGUGAAAGGAGAUGUAAAGGAAGGUAUGAGGAAUACGUGAGGAUGAAGAAACAGUGGAGAGAGAAGAAAGAGAGGAGUGAGAGAGCUCAAAACAUGAUUUGUAUGAUCUUUGGGUUGUUUUUGUUUGUGCUUUUGUGUUCAAGAUCUUUAUAUUCUUAA